UCUUAGGGUUAAAAAAGUUUAAAAAAUGUUACUGCUUUUAUGACUUGUCUGAAAGUUUGUUACAUGUAACUAGGAUAAUUAGCCAUGAUCCACUCCCUUGGAGGUUCAUGUGGAUGGGGGGGAGCUAUGGUAACUUUCAAUAACCAGCAUAUAUAAUAGCCGCAUUACAAAAUUGAACCGGCGUCUCCUGCACAAAGUAUGUGAGUUAUGUGACCUCCCAAAAAUGUAUCGAGUGUGUUAAAAGUAACCUUGGAAAAAGUAUCUGCUAUAUAGCAUUCUAUAAGAGCUAGUUUUUUUGACUAAAAUAUGGACAUAUUGGAUACAAUAUAAUUUUUUUUUCUUUUAAUUCAUUUACCCGAAAUACAAUGUCUUUCCUGUACCACAUUUACUUUAUCGUCGUGAAAAAAUAUAAUAUACAAAUAUUUAUUCCAAAAACACCAAACUAAUUUGUGAAAAUAUUGUGUUGUGUUCACUUCUCUGUGAAGUGUCUAGCUAGCAUACUGGAACAAUGUGCAAUAUUUCAUGUUUUUAUAUAAAUAAGAUAGCAUAGCUUCAUAAAUGUACAACACAAGACAUUUCAUUCCUAGCCAAACAAUUAUGGUAGGCAUAAAUGUUUUUUAAAUCAUGGAUACUAAAUAUUUAUUAUCUUUUCAUUCUUUUUAUAUAAAAGUGUUAAUUUAUAUAGUUCUUUUAUUGCUUGUGACAACUUCAUAAGUUUGUCUGCAUCAACAUUUCUGAUACCUAACACAUUUGUUUCUGGACAUUUGUAACUUUAUUUAUAUAUAUUAAGCUGUGAAUUUCUAUAUUACAACUUAUAUACAUCAUAGCUGGUCUUUGAAUACCAUUUGUACAUUGCACAGUGAAGUUGUUUGUUUAAAGGCAUUAUACAAUAUUUUUUAUAUAUACAUCAAUGACGUUCUUUAUCUGUAAAAAUGUCAUAACUUUUGUUGACACCGGUGUGUGAAUAAUCAUGUUAAAACACAGAAGCUUUUGAAUGCAAAAAACAUCUUUAUAUUUAUUUUUUAUUACUUGGCUGAUACACGGAAGAGUUAUAUGAAAAAUGCAAUGGUUUGAUUUGUUUAUGGCUCAUAAAACAGGGAUUUUUAUGCACCCAUUCUUUGGUUUUUGGAGGGCAAUAAUAUAAUGAUACCAUAAGAACACAAGAUAAUAUCUAUAAUUUUUUUUAUUAUUUGCAUAUUCUUUAAUAUUUCUUUAAGAACAAAUGAACAGCUGAUUUGCCAUAGAGAGUAUAUAUGCGCUACUGGAUGCGGUGGUAGAUGCAAUUAUAUAUUAUAUAUGUAAUGUACUCUUUAAAUGAUAUAAAACUGUCUUUAAAAGCUCUGCUAAAAUUCAGACAAUAUUGACAUCGAAAAACAAAUGCCAACUACCACCACUAAGUCAACCCGGCGUAUACAUUAUCCCAUGCAAAUGCGGCAAAAAAUAUUUUGGGGAGACGAAGUUGGGAAUCGCUACCCGCUUCGAACAACACAAAGACACCAACAUUAAAGGAAAGUGGAGCGCAUCAGGAGAUUCAUUUCACUCUAGUUCUUGUAAUGCUGGUUAUGAUUGGGACAAUGCGAAAAUGCUUAACAAGAAUUUAAUAAAUUUGAUCGUAAGUUAUAAAGAUAAAGAACCAAUAUUGAACUAAACUGCUAAGUUGACAUGAACGCUGCUAGAAAAUAUCCACAUUGAUGCAACACAUUCCAACUGCUUGGCGAGAUUCGUGAACCAUGCCCAUCCCGGUGUGCCAAUUGUAAAAUGGUGUUACUGGUUCGUGACAAAGUGCCGUAUCUAGGCUUAAAGUCUCUAAAACUCAUAAAGACUAAUGAAGAGCUUAGAUACGAUUAUGGUGAUAAAUGCAUGUUGUCUUUGAGAAAGCAGAAGAACUUGUGUGUGCCAUUACAUUUAAAAGAUAUAGAGAAUCAGCUAAAAAAGAUCUCCCAUGCAAGUAUUCUGAAACUGAAGUAUUAAAAGAGCCUUACAUGAUUAUCAGAGAUCGUGAAAAACCUCAAGAUGUUGCCGAUGAUGGCUUUUGUGAAUGUUGCAAGAUACGUUACACAUCACUACAACAUGUAUAUGUAUGCUAUGACCCCUUUUUUUCUUGUAGAUCAAAUCUGUUUCUUGGAUACAAGAAUUAUAUCGAUGGAAAAAUAAAAAUGAUAGUUUUUUGACAGAAAGACUCGUUUAGCUAUUGUUAUUGUUUUGAUAGCCCCUCGACAGUGAUCGUCAUAAAAGCUUCGUUACUAAAAAAAAAAUUAUGAUAUAGUUAACUAUUAACUAUUAGGUUUUGAUAAAGAAAAAUAAAUCUUCAGGACAUUCUCCAAAUAAAUAAUUAGCUAUCAUUUUUUGCGUGCAUUUCCGAAUAUAUGUGAAAAAACGCUAAUAUUUUUUCAUCUCACGCUAAUAUUUUUGCUUCAUAGUUUUUGGGCGUCAGUUUUUUUACUUUGAUUUCUAAGUGAUAUCCGUCGUUUCGUAGUUCAUAAGCAAAAGCGAUAUGUCCCAAUUAGAGUUAUGAUUUGUUACAUUCGCUUUUUUUGCAUCAGCAUCAUGUCAAGUACCUAUCUGUUUUUAAUAAAAAUUUCUGGUGCUGUGUAUGAAAGAAGAUUGGUCCAAACUCCAGUUAAUCUGCUAACGACAAGAUGAUCUCAUCGUUGGACUAGCAUUCAGAUUCGCGUGCAAAUUCACUUAUAUCAAGUAGAGUAAAAAGAAAAUCUAGGAUGCUAGUUAGUAAUAGGACGUUAACUUUUGAGUAAGCUGGUUUUAAAUAGAAGCGUCUACAGUGAUAAAUCUAAUUGUAAGUAUUUUUCCUCCUUAAGUUACCUAGUUAGUAAACCAGCUACACAGUUUAAACAGUAGUUGCAAUACGAAUUACAACUUAUUAUUAUUAUUCAGUACAGUUUAAAGGUGUUAAAAACUCAAAGUAGUAGUAUUAUAUGACAAUAUAUAAUGACCACAUACACUUAUCGGUUAAAAAUUGAUAAUCCGUAUUAUAAUCUACAUCGAUUUUAGGUGCUGGCUUAAUUGCAAAGAUGAUUCACUAGCGAAAGUGUAGGGAGUCAGAACACUAUAUAUGGAAUAGGAACAUCUGGUUCAGAGCUGCCAAAAUUUAUCUGUUCUUCCAUCCACGAUAUUUAUUGAACAUUUGCAACAAACAUGCAUCAAACAUUCGCAAUAAGAUGAAAAUAAAUUUACACAAGUUAUUGACUUGAUCAAUUCAUGGCUUGAAAUUCAUUAAAAGUAUUAUAGAACAUUCAAUUUAUUGUUAGGUUAUGCUAUAAAUGUUUUUCUAUUUACAAAACAUAGCAUUUUAAUUGUAAUUCAUAUUUCUUCUUAUUGGAAAAAAGAUUAUAUUUUAUAUA